UCAUCUGAACAGACGUCCGCAGUGCGGACUCCGCACACGUUCCCCGACGAGCCGAAAAGCGCGACGACCACUUGUUGUCUCUGCCAUUCCCUGCGGCAUCCUGCAAUUCCACGUUUAUUUAAUUCAUCGUGAAUCACACAUUCACAAAUAUGAGUACUCCAGUAGCAGAUAUUGCCCUCAUUGGCUUAGCAGUGAUGGGACAAAAUUUAAUUCUGAACAUGAAUGAUCAUGGAUUUGUUGUAUGUGCAUACAAUCGUACUACUGACAAGGUCAAAUCUUUCCUCGAAAAUGAAGCCAAGGGCACAAAAGUUAUCGGUGCUUAUAGUUUGAAGGAAAUGAUCAGUACUUUGAAGAGCCCAAGGAGAGUAAUGUUGUUAGUCAAAGCUGGAGCAGCCGUUGAUGCUUUUAUUGAACAAUUAGUGCCUCUCCUUUCUUCCGGAGACAUUAUUAUCGAUGGUGGUAAUUCUGAGUAUCAGGAUACUGAGAGACGUACUAAGGACCUAGAACAGAAAGGAAUUCUUUUUGUGGGCAGCGGGGUCAGUGGAGGUGAGGAUGGUGCCAGAUACGGACCAUCCUUGAUGCCUGGUGGCAAUCCUAAAGCAUGGCCGCAUAUUAAAUCUAUCUUUCAGUCGAUAGCCGCGAAAGUUGACGGAGAACCGUGCUGCGAUUGGGUCGGCGAAACUGGCGCAGGACAUUUUGUCAAGAUGGUGCACAAUGGCAUCGAGUACGGCGACAUGCAGAUCAUUUGCGAGGCAUAUCACAUAAUGCGAACAGCUUUGCAGCUUACGCAGGAGGAAAUGAGCGCGACGUUCGAUGAGUGGAAUAAGAGCGAACUGAACUCGUUCCUGAUCGAGAUCACGCGCGAUAUACUUAAGUACAAAGACGAGAAUGGCUACUUGCUUGAGCGCAUCAGGGACACCGCCGGUCAGAAAGGCACCGGCAAGUGGACGGCGGUCGCCGCUCUGGAUUAUGGCGUGCCGGUCACGCUGAUCGGAGAAUCGGUGUUCGCCAGAUGCCUGUCCGCGCUAAAGGACGAACGCGUGGAAGCGAGCAAGAUACUAACGGGUUCGAGUCUAGUAUAUAAGGGCGACAAGAAAGAGUUCCUUGAGCAUUUAAGGAAAGCUCUGUACGUUGCGAAAAUUAUCUCGUACGCGCAAGGCUUCAUGUUGUUAAGAGAGGCCGCCAAGGUCCACAACUGGAAUUUGAACUAUGGCGGAAUAGCAUUGAUGUGGCGCGGUGGAUGUAUCAUAAGAAGCGCAUUCCUGGGAAAUAUAAAAUUGGCUUACGACAAAAAUCCAAAAUUGUCCAACUUACUGCUGGACGAUUUCUUCACCAAAGCGGUAAGUGAGUGCCAUCAAAGUGCCAGGCUAGUGGUGAGCACCUCCGUGACACUGGGCAUACCGACUCCUGCUCUGUCAUCGGCUUUGGCCUUCUAUGACGGGUUCAGAAUGGCCCGACUGCCGGCGAAUCUACUACAGGCGCAACGAGAUUAUUUCGGCGCCCAUACGUACGAAUUGCUCGGCGAGGAAGGGAAGUUUGUUCAUACAAAUUGGACCGGACACGGCGGGAAAGUAUCCGCCUCCACAUACGAUGCGUAAACUCGGAGAAUCUCCCGGUAGUAUUACGGUCGAUAAUGUACAAAUGAUUGCGAGAAAAGAUUGCGGUUUUAAGAGAGCAUAAGUAUUUGUAAUUUAUAUGUAUUUAUAAUACAUGUAAAUGCAAUGUAUAAGAUAUGUAUUUAUAAUAAUUAUAAAUGUAUAUUAAAAAAAUAUAUUUAUAAUUAUUAUAAAUAUAUAUGUGAGUGACAAUAUAAUUUUAUGAAUAUGAUAGUUGAUGUGAUAGAACGAAUAAACGAUUUAAUACACGUUGAUGCUACAAUUAAAACAUAUAUGAACAAAGAUAUAUCUAAUAUAUUAAUAUAUUUUUCUUUUUUUGCGAUCUCUCUAUUCUUGAUAAAUAUAUAUUUUCGCAAAUAUAUACAAAUUUUCUAAAUUUUCUAAAUAUAGAAUAAAUCACAUACAAAGAAGCAAGUUUAAAAAAAGGCUUAUAUAUAUUUUUACAAAUGUGUUUACAUUGAUAAAAUAUAUACUGAGCUUUAUUUACAAAGAAA